AUGUGUUCCCUGAGAUGUGUUCCCUGCCUGGAGAUGGAGAUGAAGGGAGCAGUGGCCCAGCUUAGCCACAGGCCGGGCCUGACGGGGAAGAGUGCCCCUGUCAGGCCCGCUCCUCAGGUGUGCGGAGGUGAAUCGAAUGGGGGAGAAGAGAACAUAUUCAAAUACACACACACACACAGACACACACACACAGACACACACACACAGACACACACACACAGACACACACAGACACACACACACAGACACACACACACAGACACACACACACAGACACACACACACACACACACAGACACACACAGACAGACACACAGACACACACAGACACACACACACAGACACACACACACAGACACACAGACACACACACACACACACACACACACAGACACACAGACACACACACACAGACACACACACACAGACACACAGACACACACACACACAGACACACACACAGACACACACACACAGACACACACACACAGACACACACACAGACACACACACAGACACACACACACACACACACAGACACACACACAGACACACACACACAGACACACACACACAGACACACACACAGACACACACACACAGACACACACACACAGACACACACACACAGACACACACACAGACACACACACAGACACACACACACACACACACAGACACACACACACACAGACACAGACACACACACACACAGACACACACACACACACACAGACAGACACACACAGACACACAGACACACACACACAGACACACAGACACACACACACAGACACACACACAGACACACACACAGACACACACACACAGACACACACACACAGACACACACACACAGACACACACAGACACACACACACAGACACACACACAGACACACACAGACACACACACAGACACACACACAGACACACACACACAGACACACACACACAGACACACACACAGACACACACACAGACACACACACACACAGACACACACACACACAGACACAGACACACAGACACACACACAGACACACACAGACACACACACAGACACACACACACACAGACACACACACACACACACACACACACACACACACACAGACACACACAGACUGCAGUGCCUAAGAGGAGGAGCAGCUGCUCUCUUGCUCCACCAUCCAUCACCCACUGCAGUGUGACUGCGCAGGCCGUCUGCUCCUACCCAGCAGCUAGGGCAGCCUGUGAGCGCUCCAUGUCUGUCAUGGCCUUGUCCUCCAUGCUAGAUGUCAGGCUGUCACGCUGGCCCUGA